AUGAGCACCGGGAAGAAAGUGUGUGUCAUUGGCGCUGGAGUUUCGGGAUUGCCGGCUGCGAAGUAAGUGUAAUAUAAAAAGUAUAGCAAAAUUGAGGGGAGAAUAGGUAGAAAGUUGGAAAAAUAGGAAAGAUAGAAUCUUGUAAACAUAUAUCAAAUGUUUUUGCUGUUUGAAAUUUUGGAAAUUUUUUGAAAAUUCUAAAAAACCUCAAAAAGUAUCCAAAAUCGAAACCUCUCGAAUUUCAAUAAAACUCGAUAGAAAUUUAAAAUAGAAUGUUCUAGGGUGUAUUUAAGAUUUUUAACUCAACAUCUGCUGAAACGACCGGGAUUUUACGUCGAAAAAAAAAUUUUUAAUUUUGAUGCGUCUAGUGCAAUAUUUGUUCAGUAUCUCGGCUCAAUCUGUAAAACAAAGGCCAAUUUUUUCAGUGAAUGUUGUAGAUACUAUACAAAUGGUCAUAGCAAAAAUUCAGAAAAAACCGAGCCUUAGGCUAUGAGAAAUUUUCGGUUCUUAUCGAUAAAAAAAAAGUCAUCAUUUUUUUACCUUUUUCCCCAAAAAUUUCAAAAAAUUAAUCUUUUCCUCCUUCCAGAUGGGCAGUUCAAUAUGGAAUUGAGCCCACUGUGUUUGAGGCUCAAAACAACCUUGGAGGAUUAUGGAAUUACAAGGAAGAGGAGACCGAAUUCUCCACGGUCAUGAAGCAAACCGUGAUCAAUACGUCCAAGGAAAUGUCGGCUUACUCCGACUUUGUUCCGGACGCUGAAGACGCCAACUUCAUGCACCAUUCCAGUGAGUUUUGGGAUUUUUUGGAAGCAAUUUUGAUUUCUCUUAAAUUUGAUUAUUUUUUUAGAUUCAAAAAAUCUCAAAAAUUCAAAAAAAAUGUUAAAUUUUUUUUUCCAAAAUUUCAAAAACUUCAAAAUUAAUUUUGAAUGGUAUUUUAGAGCUUUGGAAGUACCUUGAUCGCUACGCCGAGACCUUUGAUAUCAAGAAGUACAUUCGCUUCAACCAUCGGGUCCAGAAUGUUGAAAGGGCAGCGGAUUACGCUAGGACUGGAAGAUGGGUGGUUAGCUAUACUGAUAAGUAAGUUUUGGGGGUGGAAAAGGAGACAAAAAUAUCGCCGAAAAAAUAAAAAAAAUCGAAAAAUCUUGUUUUUGAAAUUAUGAAAAAAGGCUAAAAAAUGAUUCUAAAAAUUGUGGGAAAGCAUGAUUUUUUGAUUUUUUUUAUUUUUUCAAAUUAUUUUUUCCCCAAAAAAUUCAAAAAAUCGAUUUUUUUUCAAAAACAAAAACUCACUACCUUCCUUUUCAGCAACGGCAUUGACCAUCAACAAACCUUUGAUUUUGUCCUCGUCUGCACUGGUCAUCAUGCCACGCCCAACAUGCCGAAGCCGUGGCCCGGACAGGACAAGUGGAACGGUCGAAUGAUCCACUCCCAUUCCUACAAAACGCCCGCCGGCUACGACGACAAGAACGUGCUGGUCGUCGGGAUCGGUAACUCGGCCGUUGAUGUGGCUUGUGAGUUGUCGCGCGUCGCGAAACAGGUCACCAUCUCCACGCGGCGGGGCGCUUGGGUUGUGGGGAAGCACAUUGAGAAGGGAUACCCGAUGGAUAUGUUCCUGAACACGCGAGUGAACAGUAUGCUCAAGUGGCUCAAUUUUGAGUACUUUAACCGGCUUUGUGAGGAGCGAUUUACCAACUUCUUCGACCAGGAUGAGUAUGGGUUGAGGCCGAAGCACAAGAUUUUGGCGCAACAUCCGACGAUUACCGAUGAACUUCAUAGUAAGUUUAGGUGCUUACAGAGUAAAAAUAGACGGCUGAAAAUUUUAUAAGAACCACUUUGGAAACUAUUUUUGUAGUUUGAGAUUGAUCUUAAGGCAAAAUAUGAUGAGUUUAUCAAAAAGUAUGAAAAGUGAUCACGGAUACUUUUUGAUACUUUUUUGGUAAAAAUAUCCCGUUUCACACGGAAAUAGCCUAUGAUUAAUGUUGUACGAAAGUUUCCCAGGUCAUAUAAGAUGAUUUUAUCAAAAAGUAUCAAAAGUGAUCAUGGAUACUUUUUGAUACUUUUUUGGUCAAGACCUCCCAUAUCACCCGGGAAUAGUCAAAAAAUAUUCUAUAGGCAUAGAAAACAAAUUUUCGCAUAACUUUUUUUAUUUUCUUCAAAAAUAAUCUACAAUUUUUUUCAGACAAGAUCGGCUGCGGCACCGUCGUCCUCAAAGGCGAUAUCAAGCGUUUCACCGAGAACGGCGUCAUCUUCGAAGACGGAUCUUUUACGGAGAUCGACGAAGUCGUCUGUUGCACCGGCUUCACCUUUGAUUUCCCGUAUCUGGACAGCGGAAAGUUGAUUCCAGUCGUGGACAACAAAGUCGAGCUCUACAAAAAGAUGUUCCCAGUGAAUUCGGCGGACAAAAACACCAUCGCAGUCUGCGGCUUGUUCCAGCCAAUUGGCUCAAUUGUGGCUCCAACCGAAAUGAAUGCCAGAGUCUUCUACGAACAGGCCUUGGGCAAUAUUAAGGUGGGACUGCACCGUGCGAAAAUUUUUUUCCAUGUUUUUUUAAUGCACCGUUCAAAAAACCUUUCAAUUUCACCCCUCAAAAAUUUCAGCUCCCCUCCAAAGAAGCGAUGAUCAAAGACAUCAAAGCGGCCAACGAGAAAAUGUUCAAGCGCUACACGAACGUGCCUCGGCACACGAUCCAAGUGGAUUAUGUGGAGUACAUGGACGAGUUGGCCAACAUGAUCGGCUGCAAGCCCCCACUCACCAAGCUCUUCUUCACCGACUACACGCUGUGGAAGGCGCUGUUCUUCGGGCCCGACGCGCCCUACGCCUACCGCUUGGUGGGCCCGCAUCCGUGGCCCAAGGCGCGCGAGGCCAUUCUGGGCGUGGAGGAGCGGCGAAUUCGCGCGAUCCGCAAACGCGAAACCCCCAACAAUCCGUACGAAAAGUCGGACGAGGUGAAGCGAGAGAAGACGAAUCCCGUGUGGAUUACGGGAGGCGCCAUUCUGACCGCCGCCGUCGCCGCAAAGUUGUGGCAAGACGGCACGUUGCAGGAGAUUCCACAUGCAAUCCGGCAAUUAGUUUGA